AUGCGAUUGGAGCCGACUGUUGUAGCCCAUGACGAACUUUCUCCUGCAGCUCAUCUACCGCCCCUCAAUUCUUAUUAUCAUGCCUGGAACGAUCCACCAUGUCUCACGCCCGCAUUAGUCGCCCUUCUGCCUUCAGCACCAUCGACGAGGUCUAGAAUUACUACAGCGCUCGAGGAAACAAUGCGCAUGCACCCAUGUAUCAACGUCAGGAACUUUCGUUCACGCAUAGAUAUGAUGUUCAACUGGGCUAAAGAAGAGGAAUCUCGCCCAACGUCAACCGCGGGCGCUAGCAGUAGCACAAACGCGAAGGCCGAUCUUGCACGGUCGAUUUUCUUCAAUGUCGAUCAGCACACUCCGAAGCCCGUCCCAACAUUGUCAUUUUUUGCUUCUGUCGCUGCUGCAUAUGCGCUAGGGGUCUUAGCCUGCAAGGAGAACGAAGCUGUAAGCGAGGCCGAGAUGUCCAAAUCGUCAAGAUCUACACGGACCGAGGAUAGCCGCGCGCCUGUGGUAUCCGCACGAUCAUCGGCCUGGCAGAAAUGCUCUGCGCACGGGCUCUACGCGCUCUCCUGCCAAGCUUUGUCAGUCUUCGAGGCGGCGCAGACUUAUGACCUUGACUAUCUAGUCACCACUAUCCUCCAUGUCUUAUUCCUCAUGCACGAUGGCAAGCCUCGGGUGUCGCAUCUCGUGUAUCCUCUUGUCGGCAAGAUGGUUAAUAUCUCGUAUAUGAUGGGCCUCUCUACAGAUCCCAGUGAAUAUCCAGGCAAAUAUAGUGUGUUCGAUACGGAGAUGAGGAGGCGGAUUUGGUGGGACGUGUAUUUUUACGACGUAUUUGUGUCAGAUUGCAUGGGCCAAGCACCCAUUAUACAAGAUAACACAUAUACGACAAAAAUGCCCGCCGAUGUCGAUGAGGAACAGUUCGGACCAUCGUCAAGCUCAUUGCCUGUGCCUGUACCUCGAGGUGCUGGCGGAGAUCCUAGCGAAGUCGGCUUCGCAUACUUUGUUCAGAAGUGCAGGUGCGUUGGUUCUGUCUUCUGA